AAGAUAAAAUUAUAAUCCAGUACAAUUUGUCUCUGUCCAGAAUGGAAUGAAGAUCUGAGCAUUUUUCUGGCAAAAUGUGGCGUUACAUGCUUGUGGAGUGGCAACAGACAUGGUGAUUGAGCACUGCAUCAAAACACGGGCGUCCUUCGUCACAUGUCCUUGCUGUUAUGGUUUCAUUCAGAACACCUCGAAGUUUAAUUUUCCAAAAAGUGAACAAUUCAAGAAAACUUUAUCAUACAAGGAACACAUGAUUCUGUGCAGAUUUGCAGAUCAGACAGCUGUCCAGCUUCCACCCCAGCGAAGGCUCAUAGGAAAACAGUGCAUGUACCUGGUGGAUCUGGAUCGAGCAAGAGCUGCGGAAGAACGUGGCUACUCUGUUCAAGUGAUAUCCAUGGAGCCAGAGAGCUGCUCUCCCAAAAAUAACAUGAUCGUGGGAGUUCCCAUUUAGGAUGAGAUAUUCACAUUUGAUGUUUUGCCAUCUGUCUUCAUGAUGAAAGCCCAGUAGCACUCAGGAGGUUCUUGACAUAACUAGGAAACAGCAUUAGCCAUCUUGAAUCUAUUGUGCUCAGGAAGGAAAGCAACAGGAAAAUCUUGGAAGAAAGUCUGCCUGCAAAGCAUCACAAAUGCUCUUACAAUAUGUGAUUAAAGGACUGCUGAUUUUCAUAAUGACAAUCCCCUGAAGUCUCAGCUGCCAACAGAGUAAUACUGGAGGUUCUAUCACUGGAAUAACAAUUUCCUUCCUAGUUCACAAGUUUUUCUGAUCUUGCCAAUGUGAUGUUCAAUUUAAAACAAUGUACUUGGCUUUAUUUUAUAAUCAUUUAGAUAUACACAUGGAGACUGAAACUAGACUCAGUGAGAUUUUUGUGUUUUUUAUAUUUUUAGCAAUUGUACUUUUUCUAUAAUUUUUUAAAAACCAAGUCAGGUAAUUACAGUAUGGUUAUUUUUAAGCUGGGGUUAGUUGAACUUUUAUGUAAUUUAAUAUACUACUUUUAAAUAUAUUUCCCGUAAAUUACCAAAGGAGAUUAUCACUGGUUCAAACAUUUUAUGUGAAGAGAUUGUAAAAUAAUUGCAAUAAAUGUCCCAUUAUGGGAACAUGGAAUUUAAACAUAAAUUCUAACUAAACAAUAAAUACUUUGAUUAAUUAA